AUGGAUGACUACAAUGACAGCCUCAUUUUCAACGACACAGAAAGCUAUAAGCCGUACUCGCAGCGACCAGAGACCUAUAUAGUACCCAUACUAUUCGCGUUCAUCUUCAUAAUCGGCGUUGUGGGCAAUGGGACACUUGUUGCCGUGUUUGUACGGCACAAGGCUAUGAGAAAUGUUCCUAACACGUACAUACUGUCGCUGGCACUGGCUGAUCUUCUGGUCAUCAUCACCUGCGUGCCCUUCACUUCUAUCGUCUACACCCUGGAGUCCUGGCCCUGGGGUGAUACUGUAUGCCGCCUUUCUGAAGCUGCUAAAGAUGUCAGUAUUGGAGUGUCAGUGUUCACUCUGACUGCGUUGUCAGCUGAUCGGUAUUUUGCCAUCGUGGAUCCAUUGAGGAAACUUCAUGCUACUGGUAAGUUUAGUAAUGUAUCUAUAUACAAUUCCUCUUAA